GUGACUGUAUAUUAUAUUACCUAGUAAUGACGUUGAGAUGCAACUCUUACUAUUGUCAUUAUAUAGUAUCCUUCUAUUAUCUUUCUGAUUAACAUUGAGAUAGUAUAGUACACAGUCGAUUGUAAACAGGAGUAUAUAAUGCUACGAAUACAAGUGACGAGAUUAUGUGUAACAGAUUUACUGGGGAAAGAUUUUCCAGCAUUACCAUUAUCAGUACUAGUGUUCAAAUUCAUGAUGUAUAUAAUGUGGAUUUUAAAUUCUAUGGAUUGUGAAUAUAUGGCUGGUGUAAAGAAAUUACGAUUGCAAAGUUUAGACAUUGGAUCAUGUCUACCUGAAGGUGAUUCAUUCUGCGCACAACGUGUUCAGAAUAGUUUUUGUUCAACAGAAAAGAAUGAAUGUUUCUGUAAGUCAGGUUAUUAUUCAAUACAAGAAGAUGAUGGCAUCACGUGUAAAACACUUCUAACAAAUCAUAAAUGCCAGUUGGAUGGUGACUGUAAACACGUCAACAAUAGUAUUUGUCAUCCAGGAGCUGGUGCGUGUAUUUGUCCAUCAGGAACUAUUUAUGUACCACAAGAACAUGCUUGUAGAGUCUAUAUCAAUCAGUCUUCAAACAAUUUUUGUAUGAAUUGUAAAAGUUACCAUGGAGUUUGUUACUUACUUGAAGAUGAAAUGGCAGUUAUGCAUCAUAAAUCAUCAAUACAACCAAACAGACAAAACGAAAAACCAUAUUAUGGAUGUAAAUGUCCGCACAAUACAAUAACAAUUAACAGUAAUUUACUGAUGGAUAAGAAGAAUUCACACAUCAUUCCAUCAUUUCAAAAGUUACAAGGUGAUAACAAGCUUGAACGGGUUUCAGAUGACAGUGACUUGCCUUCUGAAUUACACAAACAAAAUGACAAUGUUAUGUGUAGAGGUUUAUUAGCUGAUGUCGGAAUGUACUGCAAUCAGAUGGAUAUGGUGUGUCGAUCAUCGAAAGCUUUCUGUUCUGAUGAGAAACAGAUGAAUAACAUCUACUUUACACCACAGUGUCUAUGUCAGGCGGGAUAUUUACCAGUGUAUCAGAAUUAUUUAGAUUAUUAUGAAUGUGUUCCAGUCUGUAAUCAAUGUUACCCGGUGGAUAGAUUUUCUCCUCGAAUGAAUUGUACAUGUCCCGAGAUUAUCUGGUCAGACGACUAUCAUCGAAUCCAUAAAACUAAUGUCGCAAAUGAAGACAGUUUUCUGAAUAUAUCUUACACCCAAGAAAACUUGACAGUAUGCUUCAAUCUAUUAUUCAGGCCCCAAAUGAGGCCUGAUUUCUUCCAUAACCAUACAAAGAACAUGGUGGCUUUUCUGUCAAAUCAUUUCAUGUCAUCACUUCCACACGACAACUGUGUACUGUAUGAAUUCGAACGAGACGUUUGGUGUAAAACAUUUAAUUUGUUGUCAGUUGACAUUUUAUCACCUUGUGCCUUCAUUCAGUAUAACAAAACUUCACGACAAUUUAUUUUCAAAAGUUUUAUCAACAUAUUUGUUCACCAGUCAGUGGAUUUAUCGACCAAAAAAGUACAGUAUUCAACUUCAUUCACGUCGAAAUGGAGUGAAGAAAACGUUUUGAACAAUUUUACUGAAAUCAAACUUAUAAAUCAUCAAAAUCCAGGACAUAUUUUUCAAGGUGUUAAUGAUAAUUUGAAAUUCAGAAUGGCAGAUUCAGUGUAUAAAGGAAAACCGGUGAAUUUAUAUGUGAAUUAUUAUCAUCAAAAUACAUCGUACAAAUAUUUGAGUAUUGAUCAAUGUUCAUUUAGCACUUUGUCUUCGGAUAUACAUCCACAGAAAAUAAUCAUUUUUGUUCAAAGAAAUUACUUGAUUCAUUCAUCUGGCAAUGUGACAGGCAUAAAACUUGCUUCACAUCAACUGUUAACUUAUGGGAGUUUCAAAUUCUCACUAAGUGAAUAUCUUCAAAAUAUAGAUAACAAAAGUAUACUGAGAAAUACUUCCUCUGUCAGUGGGUUGAAAUCCCCAUCCGAAGAAAUCGAAGAUUAUUAUUAUUAUUAUUAUUUAUAUUCAACGGGGAAUUACACAACUAUAUCAGAAUUACAAAUCAAUUGUAUAUUUCGUGUUUGUCAACGCUAUGAAUGGUGUACAUGGUCACCAUUGAAUAACGACUUCACAAACCUGACACCUCAUAGCACGUAUCAUUUACACAAAUCAGAAGAUAAUAUCUACCCAGAAAUAUAUAUCUUGACUAAAACUGUUCAUAUGAAGAUUUUCUGGAACAAUUCAAUUCCUUCUUCAACAUUUACUCAAACUAAAAGUAUAAACCUUAAAUGCAAAUCGGAGACAGUAUGCACUAGAUUUUCAAUAACCCUUGGAGUUCUUAUCAUCUGCCUGAUAAGUGGAAUUAUUUGCAGUUCUUUAUGGUAUUAUCACAACAUUCUCAGUUGUCACAGUUGUUACAUACUACUGUGUUGCCAUGACAACGAAAACAUCAAAUCUACUGGAGAAGACGUCGAUCAAGAUAAUCUGCAGAAUAUAAACAACAAACUUACUGUCUAUCAUUUCUGUGAUAACCCACUAACUAGUAAUGAAGCGAAACAUAAUACUUAUUGUACAACAAGUAGUAGUAGUAGUAAUAGAACUGCUGAAAAUAUCCAAAAUGCCAAUAAUAGACGUAGAAAACAAUCAUAUUUCACAGAUCACCGCUCCAAAUCAGAGUGCUUACAACUUCGAUGUACUAUCAAAGGUCACAGUGGAACAAUCAGUAAUGACAAGAAUCCUAUCUGUUGCCCCCAUCAUCUUCAACAUCCAACCAAGGCAAUUGAAGAGAAAGAGUAUGAAGUCGACAUGGAUUGGAAUAAAAUUGGUCCAGUUACUCAGCAGAAAGAUACAACUGUCUGUGACAUUGAAUCAACCCAUUAUUAUUAUUAUUCAAAUCCGUUUAUCGACAUUCAAGGUAAACCUUCCCAGAUAAAAACUAAUAGUCACAAUGAGGUGAACACAAAGGAAUUAUUGCCAUUAAACCGGGAAAGUAGUAGAAUGAUCUUUCCUUGUUGUUUACACACUCCAUGGCUUUGUCCACGCUCAAAUCAGGGGAAUAUUAUCACUGGAGGAUGCAAAGAAAUUAUUAAGCCAAUCUAUAGGACUGAAUAUAUGCAGUAUAUUAAUGAUUUUUACAAUUCAAAAACAGUUGUCACCGCUAAGAAUGAAUUAAUUUUCAGUAAUGACAGUAAUAAGGAAUAUGAGGAUGACGAAUAUGAUGAUGAUGAUGAUGAAGAAAUGAAUGUUUAAGUGUUCAAGCGAAUUCACUUAAACAAAUGCUCAAUAGUGAAUAUUGAACAGGUGAAAGGAAUCUUAUUCUACGGAAAAGUGUGUGUGUAUAUUUCUUCAGAAUGAAUAAUCAUUGCUAAUACGAUGGAGAUAACACCAAACGUGAACAGACUGGUCGGUUUAUCAUGGAUAUAUAUAUUCUCUCCCGGUCAGCUCAAAACUACUUAGAAAAGUUACUUAAGCCUUCACAUGUGCAGGCUUUACUAUUCUUAAUUUAAUGAGUGGAAUAAAAACACUUGCCCCAUUGGUUACCUUCAGUUCUUUCUUAAAAACAGUCUUCCUCAUAGAUAAAUCUAACUGUAAAGAUAAUAUUCUUUAUGUAUGUAAUUUUAAUGAAAAAUUCGUUUUUCUUUUACCACUUUUGUUUCUAAGCAAGCAUUAACCUUUGAAUUUUUUUAUAUUUUUUAAACAAUACUGAAAUCAUGUAAAUAUAUCCGGGUUUUUUUUGUAUUAUAAAUGAGCCAAUUCAGGUGUACAACAAAUGGGUGGUUAAUUUGAAUAUGAAAGCUAAAAUGAGCUUUUUCUCUUUUAAUUUUCAUGGUCCUCUUUGUUUUAUGUGACCGAGUGAUUGAAUUGGGCAUAUAAGAUGCUUUUAUGAUAAAUAAAUUGUAUACAUUUGUUG